GCUGUCUAGUUAAGUUUGACAGAACUUGUGUAUUGGUAAAUGUUCGUCUCUUCUCUUUUGCGCUAAUCAUUCAACCAGUUUCAAUUUGUACAUCAUUUCGUGCUGAAGUGUUUGGUGAACAAAACAUUCGUAUUGAUUCUUUGCAGUAAUGACGUGAAUAAUAGUAAAGUGGUUCGUGCGCAAUACAAUGGGUCGGUGUGAAACGUUCAGCACAAGGUAAAGGGCGAUGUUCCCGUUCUAAUAAGACAAAAGUAUCGUCCUUCACACAUUAGUGGAGCAUCGUUGUGCAAACAAGGUGUUAUCUACACGCCGCGUAAUGUUAGAGGUGAUUAUUGAAAUGCUAAUAACGUUACACUGCAUGUAAGUACGGCGAGCCGCAUCGCGCUCUUAAAUAACUUCACCUGCGCCAAGCAGCGACGUGUUUACUAACUCUCUUGAUGGUGGUGGGUUUCUAUCGCUUGAUGCUGUAGCCAGUACAAUACAGCUUACUAAUUGAACAUACAACCAUGGCUAAUGUAAAGGCUAACGUAAAGAGCAGAUUAAAAGCACCAAAAAAAGCGAAAGUGAUGAAAAAAGGUCGAGGCAGACCAUCUAAACAAAGUAAAAAAUCGUUGACAGGUCCCAAAGAAAGCUCAGGGUCGAAACAUAAGUCAAAUGGGAAUGAAACAGACUUUGAAAUGGUUAUGAGAAGACCUAGCUCGCAUAAGGUAAUGACAGUUGAUGAAAAAGUACAAUAUAUAUUGCAAAAUGGGCAUAUUCUUAGAGAGAAGUUUAUUGUGAAGCCUCCUACGAAUGCCAGACCUCCACGUGAACCAAGGCAGAGGGCAAUUUUUAGAAGAAAAUCAGAUAUUGAGCGUCCAUUAAUGACAAAAACGGGCCGUCUGAAAAAGAAAACAAAACCUAACUUGCAACUAAUUGAUGACAUAUUGAAGAAUGAACUCAUGAUACAAGACACGGGCAGUCCUAAGAAACCGAGUGAACCUUUACCUGUUGUAAUAGACAACAAUAAUGACUUUGACAUAACAGACCAGAACAACAUAAUAGACUUUUCAGAUUCAGAAGAUGAUCCUGAUUAUGAUGUGACUUUUGAUGAAGAGUCCUCAAGUGGCUCGUCAAGUGACAGUGAACAGUGGUCCGAUGAAUGUCCUGAAAAGCCCCCUAAGCGAAUAGAAAAAGAUGCAAAUGGCAAACCAAUAAAAAAGUUCAAACGCAAACCGAGACACAUAACUUUGAAGAAUGGAGUUGUAUUGAGACUAGCAUAUUUUGAGUGUGACUACUGCAAGAGAACCUUUAACAAAAAAUGCUCACUCCGUAGACAUAUGUUCAUGCAUCUUGACAUAAAGCCUUUUCCAUGUCCGCGUUGUCCUGAAGCUUUCAGGAGUCGCUACAACAUGCAAGUCCAUGUUGAACGCUACCACAGGUCUGACAAUGAUUCUGACUUACAUGUAUGUAGCUACUGUGAAGCAACUUUCCUAGUGAAGGCAAAUUUGGAGACUCAUCUGCAGUCUCACAUGACUGUUGAAAAUACAUAUAAAUGUAUCUACUGCGGUAAGGUUUACCAACACCACACAAGGUUAAUGCAUCAUGAGAAAAUACAUAUGGUGGAUGGAUACUACCAGUGCUCACUAUGCAGCAUGAGUUAUCGUUGCCGCAACCGCUUGUAUGACCAUGUUAAAAGCCAUUUGAAAAUCAAAGAUUUUGUGUGCCAGUACUGCGGUAAAGAGUUUCUAAGGCAGAAUUCCAUGAUGAGACAUGUUGAAGUAAGUCAUGGUGGUGUUAGGAUUGUGUGUCCUAUUUGCAAGAAAAAUUUGAAAGGACAUUUGACUGAGCAUAUGCGUACACAUCAGAAGAAGCGGCCUCAUAAAUGUCCGGACUGUGGGCAGUGCUUUGUGCAGUCCACUCAGAUGAAUGUCCACCGGCGCGCCCACACAGGGGCCAGGCCCUACCCUUGCAGGAUAUGCAAGCGCCGCUUCUCGCACUCAAACGCUCUGAUGCUGCACAUCAGACGUCACACAGGAGAAAAACCUUUCCCCUGCGCCUUGUGCCCGAUGACGUUUUCCCAACUGCCGCAUAUGAAGUGCCACAUGCGCAAAAUACAUGGGAAACUAAAUCCAUACAAAUGUUCCAAGUGUGAUUUGUUCUUCAAGUUAAAAUCUGAGCUUGAUAGCCAUGAAGCAACAUGCACAAACGGCACUAGUCCAGAUGCUGAAACAGGUAAAAAGAAAAAGUCUAAGAAGUCCGACGACAUUGAAGUGGACUCCCCGAUGCCCUUGCACCGCAUGAGGUACCUGCUGGCUUUGCUCCUCACCAUGAUAGCCACGGAGGAGAAACUUAAAUUCCUAGGUUUCAACAAACGGCUCAUAGACGAACUUCUUAUUGAAUCUCUGGAGGCCAUGGGUCAAACUCCUUGCAAAGACGGUUCUCUUUCGCCGGUAGUACGUCUGAGGAACAACAUUGAGGUGUUGCUACUUGGGACUGUACCGAAAGACCAAAUGGAGAAGUUUAAGAAAGAGAACAAAUCGACUGAAGAUAUUUUGGAACUGCUGACAAGUGAAAAAGAUAAGUAAAGAGUAAGUUGUUCACAUACAUGUCAAAAGGGCACGUAUAUUCGGGGCCGGUGAUAAAAUACUGCUAACAAAACAAUGACGCACGCGGAACGCAUGCGACUUAAAAAAAGUUGGAAUACUUUUUUAAGUUUCCAACACCCUAAUAAAGCUCGCACGUGUUGUGACAAAGUAUUUAUGGUCACGUGUGAAUCCUUUUUUUUGUGGAGCUGCGCUCUACUUUGUAUGUAGGUUGACCGUCUAAAGCACGCAAGUUAUUAUGCUAUUGAUCGGUGUUUAACUACGGCAACGCUAUUAUCGGAUCGAUUACGAAUUACGAAUGUAAAUUUUUCUAUCAACGUUACAUGUAGUUAAUGUAGUCCAUAAAGAAGCAAAGAAAAAAGAUAUUCAAUGCAAUUUUUAUUAACAACCGAUUUAUCUUAUUCAGUCAUACAUUAAAAAAAUAUAUAUUAGUUUCGACGCUUCGUGUGUAAGCUUUAGCUAUGGCAAUAAAACUGGUAAAUACAGUACAAAUAAUAUAAGACUUAUAGCUAUACAGAUUGUUGGACAUUCAGAUUAAUCAAUAGUUAUACAUUUGCAUAAUGUACGUUUGAGUAGUUUAGUUGUCCGCCCCGAUAUUUAGAUUGGCCCAAAAAAAGUUGUUUAAGGUUCAUUUAAUAUAAUUAUCAUAAUCCCUGCUAUUUAUUUAUCAUUCUAUCAUUAUUUGAAUUUUAUUGCAGAAUAUUUUAUACUUCGGUGAACUCUGAUUGUCGUCAUUCAAUUGUUUUUGCUGUUAACAGUUUUUACACGAUAAAAUUAUGGAGCGAAACAAAUGAAUGACGGCCCCCAUCACAUCACUUAUUUAAAUAACACUUAUUUAAAUAAUUUAUAAGUUGGUAGUUAUCCAAUAAAGAACGACCCUACAAUAACCCAUAGCUUUCGCUUUUAAUUAACAAACACUUUUUGAAUCGUAGCAUUUUGUAAUCUCGUUAUCAACAAGGGGUACUCUCAAUCUAGAACUUUUCGUGCUUUAAAAAAAAUAUUUCUUUUCUAUAGAUCUUUUAUUGCUUAACUGCCUCUCGUUUUAGUAUUUAAUCUAGUACCUACCUUUCUCUGGGUUGUAGUAAAUAAUUACGCCUAUUAUUAAGAAUAUCAAUAAUAUACAAGAGGAGCUGCCCCUAACUAUGUGCUUAUUUUAAGAUGUGUGAUGUAAUUUACAAUAAUUAUGCCAUAUAGAAGAAUAUUUUCAUGAUAUCUUAUUAAAAACCAAUGGUUGGUAAGCUUUGACAAUAUUAUAGAAUAAGUAAUUGUUCUCAGGUUUGCAAUACAAUACAUAAGUACUAAAAUGAACAGGAAAAUCUGUGGGAUAUUUAUCUAGCACAAUAAUAAUUAUGGUCGCUUAGUAAAGUCUUAGAACUUUAAUAACGCCUGUUAUUUAUAACGACAAAAUACCGUUUAAGAAUGCAUAGGUUUUAUAGCAUAAUAUAAACCUAUAUUACCUAUAUUUGUAUCUUAUGCCUUCAUUUGUAGUGGGCGUUUGAAAAAUCGCGCAUCACUAAAUAGAUCUGUUUCGUAAACAAAAACGUGAGUCCUUACUGUAUACUCCAUAUUGCACUGCUGCACGAAUUUUAUUGUACGUUCGAGUAACUAAAACUACAUCUAAAUAAUAUAUGCAAUGUUCUAUAUGACACAAGGAUACAAAUCCUGCAUGCUGGAGUCGUUUUAUAAAAAAAUAAAAAAUGCAAGAAAAAAAUCAUAGACAACCUCUAAUGGGCAGAUUCCUUUUUUUAGCUUUAAGUCUUAGAUAAUAAUUUACAUUAAACUUUUCAACACGUUCAUACGAUGUGACUUGCCAUUAAAACAAAGUGAUUAUCCCAAAGAUAACAAUCGUACAGCAUUUUAAAAUGUUAUUUAUCUUAGUUUUAAAUUAUAUAUAGCAUUCCUUUUUAGAAUGAACGUGCCAUUAUUUUAGUUGGGUGAAUGUAUAAUUUUAUCUUUAUUGUAUUUUAUAUCUUUUAUUUGGAAUAUAAAGUUGGUUUUUAUGUUUUAAACUGUUGGAUAGGACAAUAAUCGGCUAUUAUUUGUAAUUCCUAUUUGUGAAUUGGUUUGUUACUUCAUUUUAAAGUAUUAUGAUUAUGAUGUUCGCCAUUAAAACUGUUUUGAACCAAAUUUACUCGUCUGUAACGUUCGUUAGUAGGUUAAGUAUUUAAUGUAAAUUAAAACCAACAAAAAACUAGUUGAAUCUCAAAUUAACGGAGAUGGAUUCUAAAGACGACUCAUAUUCAAAAAACUUAAAGAUUCGCUUUUCAAAUGAGUUCUAACUUGAAAAGUUUCUAUGUUAAUUUAUGCAUUUCAUAAUGUGCAGACAAAUGACGAUCAGCCAAGGUCAUACUUUGUUUAACAUUCAAUACAAGAAGCAAGUAGAUGGCACACCGCGACUAACACAAAAACGUGUCUAGUUUAAGUUAAUUUAUUUCUUUUAAACAGACAAUCGUUAGUAGUUCGUAUUAUUAGUCGUUAAUAAUACGCUGCAAGGCCUGCACGUGGACAAAAGGAAAUUGCCUCGCUCGGAUCAUUGAGUAACGGCGUAAAAUCUGUGACGCGUGUGACGUCACGGUUCGCUGCGUGUGCGCACGCUUGUACACAGAUUGUAUAUCUUUAUUGUUAUAUGGAGAAAGCUUUAGGCGAACGAUAAAGUUGAUAAUGAUUUUAGUACCUACGCUAAUAUUAGACAUCGUUAUUUUUCUUUUUGAAAAUGUUGUUCUUGGUUUGGGUGCUAUGUAUACGAUAUGCCUAUUUUGCAAAGGUUGCGUAGAUUUUUACAAGUUGAUUCGUGCAAUAGAAUCUAUUUUUUAAAAUGUUGUUUUUGUAGUAUUAGCCUAAUAACGAACGAAGCAAAAAAACAUUUGAUACCAAAUUAUCUCUUUCUAUAUGAGUGCCAUUUGUUGUUGUAAUUUUAAUGAAUUGAUCUUUUAUAGACUUGUUCUUAAUAAAGAGCAUUUCAUAUUUAACUAAAAUUAUGAUUCUUGUAUGUUUGUGUAUUUUACUUAUUUAAGGCUCGAUUUUUCAAUUAUCAGAUAACUUUUAUCAAAGGAAUAAAUGUGGCCGUUUGACAUAUUUUCUAUACAAAAGCUGUCAAAACGUCAAAUAUAUUCGUCGAAUAAAAGUUAUCUGGUGAUUGAAAAAUCGGCCCUUAGACUGUCUGCCUUAUCAGUCGGAAUAAAUUAUUAAGCAAAUAUUUUUGCAAAUAUUCUUUGUAGAUCUUUAUUUUAUGUCUAUUCAUGUUAUUUAUUUAGGUACUUUUAUUCUUACAUUAUUGUUUAAAUAAACUUCAUCUGCCAUAUCAUCUUUAUAAAUGCUUAAUAGCAGUUUAAAUUACAUACUGAGUGAAAUGGAUUUUAUCCGUCAAAGAUAGCAGUGGCAAUAAAAAGCGCGCGUACCUAAAUUAAUUGUAUGAGAAUACACAAUAUCUAUGAAGCAAUACUGUACAACUUAUUUCUUAUGCAAUAGUGUAAAUAUUUAACCUAUUUAUCUACCGCUAAUAAAAUGAGAAAUGUAUUUUUAAAUAAUGUUUGUGGGUUCGAGGUUUAGCCAAAGAAAUCCCACCUUAGUAUUAAGGUUGAUAAUUGUAUCCGUGUGUGUGGUUGCAACUUAGGACAGUAUUCGAAUAGAAUAAUUAAAAAGUAAAUUUACACAUGAAUGAAAAAUUGUUAAAGUUAAAUUAUAAAAACUACUAUGAAGUUUAAGGUGCGAUACAGAGAAAAUAAUAUUUUAUAUAGAGAAUACAUUUACAUAGAUAUUUUUCUUAAACUUGAAAUUUGACAUAAUCUCUAUUUUACAAAUGACAUAAUAGCAUAGCAUUUUACACGUUCGAAUACUGUCCGAAAGUACCAAAGAAUAUUGUAGUGAAUUCACCUACAUUAAAUACAUUAUAAAUU